GCCGUUGUUCACGCUACCGUAGCAACAGUGAUCAGGAAACAAGUUCGUUUGUUUCCUCGCUGACGAGAACGCGCUUCCGUGGGCAUUCUGCUGGCGCCGCAGCCUGAGAGCACUUCUAGAGGUACCGACAGGAUAACUCGCUAAUUACAUGGUCUCAAAGUCGUAAUUAGUUUCAAAGGCACUCACAGCAGUGGGGUAUCUUCAGGUGUCUUCUCAUCUCCAAAGCCUGUCCCCUGCACUUAAAAAGGAGUGUUGCCAUGGUGGAUGUGAGUAAGUGGCCUCUCUUCACCCUCUUGAGUGCACAGGAGCUCACCUCCAUACGACAGGCAUGCAUCUUUGGAGCAUCUGCUAAUGAGGCCAUCUACAUCACCCACAAUGACGAAGUGUAUGUGUUAGGUGUGAACUGCAGUAACUGUCUGGGCACUGGAGACAGUCAGAGCACCAUUGUUCCUAAAAAGCUGGACUGUCUGAGUGGGAAGAAGCUGGUCAGUUUAAGCUAUGGCAGUGGUCCUCAUGUUCUGCUGGCCACAGAAGAGGGGGAGUUGUAUGCAUGGGGGCAUAAUGGAUACAGUCAGCUGGGCAAUGGGACGACCAAUCAAGGUGUGUCUCCUGUUCUGGUGUCUGCUAACCUGCAGAACAAGAGGGUGACCGAGGUGGCCUGUGGUUCUCACCACUCUUUGGCUCUGACCCAUGAGGGUGAGGUGUUUGCGUGGGGCUACAACAACUGUGGUCAGGUGGGUUCAGGGUCCACUGCCAACCAGCCAACGCCCCGUAAGGUGUCCAACUGCCUGCAUAACAAAGUGAUGGUCAGUAUAGCCUGUGGACAGACUUCGUCCAUGGCUGUGGCGGAUAAUGGUGAGGUUUAUGGCUGGGGUUACAAUGGUAAUGGCCAGCUGGGGUUGGGCAACAAUGGGAACCAGCUGACUCCGUGUCGUCUGAUUGCACUACAAGGCCUCUGUGUGCUGCAGAUUGCGUCAGGUUACGCUCAUUCUCUAGCACUGACUGACGAGGGCCUGCUGUUUGCAUGGGGGGCCAACACUUACGGCCAGCUGGGCACCGGCAACAAGAGCAACCAGCUCAGCCCUGUACAAGUUAUGACUGAGAAAGAAAGGAUCGUGGAGAUCGCCGCCUGUCACUCCACACACACCUCUGCGGCAAAGACCCAGAGCGGUCAGGUGUACAUGUGGGGGCAGUGCCGCGGACAGCCCAUCGUGCUGCCACACCUCACGCACUUCACCAGCACGGACGACGUCUUCGCCUGCUUCGCCACACCCUCUGUCAUGUGGCGGCUGCUGACCAUGGAGCAUGAUGAUUUCCUGACUGUGGCCCAGUCUCUUAAAAAAGAGUUUGACAAUCCAGAGACCUCUGACCUCAAAUUCAGCAUCGACGGGAAGUACAUCCAUGUCCAUAAAGCUGUUCUCAAAAUCAGGUGUGAGCACUUCAGAUCAAUGUUUCAGUCACACUGGAAUGAGGAUAUGAAGGAGGUGAUUGAGAUCGACCAGUUCUCGUACCCAGUGUACCGCUCUUUCCUGGAGUUCCUCUACACUGACAGUGUAGAUCUUCCUCCUGAGGAUGCCAUCGGGCUACUGGAUCUGGCAACCUCAUACUGUGAAAACAGGCUGAAGAAGUUAUGCCAGCAUAUCAUAAAGAGAGGCAUCACGGUGGAGAACGCCUUCUCUCUGCUGUCUGCUGCCAUCAGAUAUGAUGCUGAGGAUCUAGAGGAGUUCUGUUUUAAAUUCUGUGUGAACCACUUGACUGAGGUCACGCAGACCGCUGCGUUCUGGCAGAUCGACGGCAACAUGCUGAAGGAGUUUAUCUGCAGAGCCAGCCACUGUGGAGCCUUCAAAAACUGAGUCUGACAGCCACCAGAUAUAUACACACAGACACACACACACACACACACUGCAUUAGUCAAGGAAGCCAUCUGUUACUGCAGUCAGUCCUCUUCACAGCUAGUGGGCGCUGUUACAGCAGACGCUCAUGUACACGGCGCCCCCUGUUGAACGUGAGAAUGGUCAAUGUCAUGAUGAAGGGUCAAUAUCUGUUACCUCAUUCUCAUGUACAACCAUUUUCAUUUAGGUUUUACACAACUUUUUGAAAAAAACACGUCGCCUGGUACUAGUAACAAAGUCUAGUGCUGCAAAUGAUGAGAAUAGUGUUUGCAUAAUAAAGUCAGAGAGAGUUUUGGGCCAAAAAGAUGCAUAAUUCAACUGUAUUACUUAAACAUGCACCACUGAAAAACAGACCUUGUACUUUUUUGCAGGUAUUAUUGAAUAGAGGUCACUAAUUAGUUUUUGUUUUCUUGCUGUGAUGCAGUGCAUUACAGAUUGCUCUUUUUAUUGUAUGAUAUUGGCUGGGAUCUGUACAUGUGCAUUAUUAUAUUGGCCUACAGUCAGCAGAACUUAUUGUGGCCCCUUUAUAUUGCACACUCGCUCAUUUUUAUAUAAAUGUUAUUGACCAAAAGAAUUUAUGCUGGCUUGAUUUGAGUCUUAAAACCUGGGUAUAGUUUGGUCUAACCUAUCAGAAACUUCAGACCACUGUUUGCUCUUGCGUAGUUUAGAAGGUGUUGGUGCUGUGAUUUACAGAAGCAGCAUGUACAACAAUGACUGUUGCACUUAAUCAGUCUGAUGUUUAAGAUUUGCUCAAAUAUAAAGAGUAUUGUUCUUAGUUGCACUAGUAGAUUCCUUUACAGGAGCUGCUCAUAUAGGAUCACUAGAGGAUAUGUAUCCAUUUUUUUUUUUUUUUUUAUAGGUGUGAAACACUUAUAUGACAUAAUACUAAUGCCUGUGGUAAGAUUUUUUUUUUUUGUUACAUAUUAACCAACUGUAUUUUCACUUGUACAUACUGUACAGUUUUUGCAUUAGUUUUGUAAAUUAAUCUGUGCGCAUCACGUGUGCCACGGUUUCUCUUGUAAGUUAUAAAAACUGAACCUUUAAAGAUAAAUAAAGCUUUUCUUAUAAGUUG